AUGUGGCCUCAGGUGCGCGUCGAGGCCACCGGCAGCCUGGCCAACGGCCUCUAUAUGGCGGACAGCGACGUGGAUGCGACACUGCUGGGCCACUGGCCCGACGGGAGGGCGUGGCGGCUCGGCCAGCUCACCGUGCUGGAAAAGACGACGGUUCCACUGGUCAAGUUCGUCCACCAGGCGACGGGCUUGCCCGUGGACGUGUCCCAGGGCAGCGAGGCGGCCGUGCGCGCCGCAGAGCUGGUGCGGGAGUUGUUGCGCCGCUUCCCGGCCCUGGCGCCCAUCUCACUGCUGGUGCGCCACUACCUGCGUGGCCUGGGCCUGGCAGAGGUCUUCACGGGGGGCGUGUCAUCCUACGCCGUCACCCUUAUGGUCACCAGCUUCCUGCAGCUGCAGAUUCCCCCGGACGCCCAGCACGACCUCGGGUGGCUGUUGGUGAGCUUCUUCGCCUUCUACGGCUAUGAGUUUAAUUUCGCCAGCACGGGGAUCAGCGUAGUGGGGCGCGGCCGCUACCUGCGUAAGGAAGACGUGCCCAUCGUGAUGCCGCGCGGCCACCGGCGGGCGGACCUCUGCAUCCAAGACCCGCUCUGUCCCACCAACGACCUGGGCGGUCCUCCUUCCGUGUCUGGGACAAUCCAAUCUCCAGUAGCUGAAAAAGAGUCAGAGAGUAAAAGCAAACUCAUGGACAUAAAAGAAUCUCUAAAAGGGACAUACUUUUUUUUACAAGCUGACUAUUAUGUACUGCCCAAGGAUACCCAGUGGUGCCUGCCGCCUACCACAUUCAGGUUGUUCUUUCUUGGAGCGGCUUACUUCCCCACUGUAGUGUCAGUGACCUGUAAGCGAGUCGGAUAUGACAUUGAUCAGGCACCAAAGCCAACCGUUAAGAACAACCGUCUGAAUCUGGCGAAAACACCCGUGGAUAUGGCAAAAAGGCAGCCUCCCGCCGAUGGUUUGGGCCAGGGUCUUGUGGGUGAUGAAUGCCUGCCCCUGUAA